AUGGCAUUAUCCGAAGAAACGAUGUCGAACUACUCAGAAAACAUGAGUGAUUACAAAUCCGCUUGCGAAGACCACCCAGCCCUCAAAGCCUUUGAUUCUUCGCUUCAGCAGCGAACCAUCAAAGCGAUAGACUCACUCACCACCACUGUAGCCGAGACUGGGACCGGGUAUAUGUCCCAACACGAAAUACACAUGGAGGUCUCCAAAAACCUACUUGAAGUUACCCAAGAUGUGGCAAACUUCAUUCUUGAAAGCGAAGACAAUGUGUGGGAGAGCGAAGCUCUAAAAUCUUUGGUCAAAGCCUAUUUUGAAAAUACGGUGAAGAUUUUACAGAUUUUCGAUAAUAUAAUUGAUUGCGUGGAGAAAGCAGAAAUGGGCCGACUUUACAUUCAAGAGGCCGUGGCACAGUUUGACAAAGAGUCGGCAGUGAAGAAUGUAGGUGGAAAACAGAAGAGGUAUGAAAACAUCUUGAAGGAGCUGAAGAAGUUUAAAGCCAUGGGAGAUCCUUUUGGUGGGCAAGUGCUCACGACUCAGGUCAAGUUGAUCCAAAAGCAGCAGGAGUCCCUUCUGCAAGAAGUGAGUGAGGCUAAAAAAAAUCUUGAUGAGGAAAUAAAAGAGCUUGCUGAGGAAUGUGCUAAUGCAGAAAAAUGGAAAACUCUCUCGAGUGUGAUUAUCGGCGCUGUUGGUGUCCUUGUUUUCAUCGGAUCAAUAGCUCUAAUGCUAACAGGAGUGGGUGCGCCUGUGGGCAUUGCACUGGCUAUAGUAGUACCACCAGUGUUGGUAAGUGUAUGGGGAGGCGUCUACCUUCACUUAAAUGAUCGGAUGAAUGCUCUGAAUAGACAGAUGGAAGCUCUAAAGAAACUGAAAGAAAAAAUGUCAUCGGUGGAGAUUGGUGCAGAAAGAGAUGAGGUGGACACGCAACUUGCCCUCUACUCAAUCAGGGACAAAGUAAAGACAUUAACAGAGAAACUUAAGGAGGUUGGUGAAACUGUGGCUAAUCAUAGCAAAUUGAUCCUUGAGGCAAGGUUCCACGUUCUCAAAAAGAUCAACGGUUCUGGAAAAUAUCAUCACGGUUAA